AUGACAUCUACAAACGAAGUUGGACUUGCAUUAGAUCGUGUUCGAAAUCAAUCUGGAGUCAUUUUGGAAGAUCUACAGUUAUCACCACUACGUGCCAGUACAUGUAACAUACCGCGAAAUGCUAAAUGGGCACAGAACGGUGUUACUGUUGCUGGAGGGAAUGGCUAUGGCAAUGGAAUAAAUCAACUCGAUUGCCCACUCGGUUUGGUUGUCGAUGAUGAUCAAAGAAUUUAUGUUGCUCGUCGAAGCAAUAAUCGUGUUAUGGAAUGGCAAUCGGAUGCAAAAGAUGGCAAAAUCGUUGCUAGUGGCAAUGGACAAGGGAAUGGGGAUCAUCAAUUCAAUACACCUUUGAAGUGA